AUGGCCCACAAGGGUGGCUUUGAGGCCCUCAAUAGAACAUUAAAAGAUAUAAGGGGAUAUAAUAAUUUGAUGGGUGGAGUCACUGUGCUGCUAGCAGGAGAUUUUCGGCAAACAUUACCCGUUAUACCUAGGGGUACAAGGGCUGAUGAAGUAAAGUCAUGUCUAAAAGCUUCGUAUUUGUGGCCACAUAUCCAGAAAGUUGCACUUCAUAAAAAUAUGAGGGUUCAUGUGAAAGGUGACACAUCUGCUGGGAUUUUCGCUGAGAUGUUACUUAAAAUAGGAGACGGAAAUUUCCCUUCAUUGGAAGGUGAGAUCACUAUUCCCUCAAAUUUGUGUACAGUUGUUAGCUCUUUAUCAGAACUAACUUCCAGAAUUUACCCAGAUAUAAUAAAUAUCAAGAUGAAACCCAUCGAAUGGUUGUGCGAGCGAGCCAUCUUAACUCCAAAGAACGACAAGGCAGCCGAAAUCAAUGAAAUUCUACUAAAGGCAUUUAAUGAAAAAUCUUUUGAUUCGUUCUAUGUCGCAUGUUCUAGAGUUAGCUCUGCCAGUAGUUUGGUUAUUUUAGCACCAAAAGGCAGUACCAAAAAUACUGUUUAUAAAGAGGUAUUGAGAUGA